AUGGUAAAAUCUCCCUCAGUGAAUUAUCAACUUUGGAAUAAAGUGAUGCCCUUUAGAUCUGGCUGGUUUGCAAAGCAAACCAGUAUGGAGAACAAAAAAUUUGGUGAAGUAGGUAGAAAUAUGGGGCAAAGUCAAACUAUUUGGAAUGUGACUUCACAAUUUCAGUUGUUAACACUACCUAAAACACUCAGAGGCCGUAUCCACAGAAUAUUGAAUUACAGAGUACAGCUUAGAGUUGUAGUUAUUCCUACAAUAUUAAUGUAUGGUUUUCAGAAAGUUACAGAUCCUGAAGAGAACAGGCUUGAGAAAGCAGUCAUCUACUUGUCAGAAAACAUUUUUAUUUUGGGAGUAGGUAUCUGUUAUUUGUUGGAUAUACCUUUGUCCAUAAGAAAACCAGAUUGGUCUGGGUGA